AUGGAAACUAUUUUUCAGGAAUUCUCUGGAUAUAAUGGUACAUUAGUAAAGCCGUAUUACUGGCUCUAUCCAAACCACAAUUGUGUAAAAUGUCCGUAUCAUAUUAGAACAGGAGAAGACUCCCGAGUUACUUAUGGAGAGUUCUACGAGGCAUUUGGCUUUCCAUAUGGACCAACAAUGCCUGAAAAUAAGCACCUGAUAUUUUAUGAAAUAAAAGCUUUCAAUGGAGCCGUCAUUCAGAGAGGCCAGGCUACAAACUGCACUCAUUCUAACCUUCAUGCAGAGUCCAUGUUGUUUGAGAGUCAAGGAUAUCUAGACUCCUUCCUCCACCAGCAUAGCCAAGUCGGCUAUUUAACUCUUUACGCAAAUUUUACUCCCUGCAAUGAGUAUGGACAUUAUUGCAUCAGUAAAAUCUACGAUUUACUGAUCAGGUAUCCUGAUCUGCGCCUAGAUAUCUAUUUCUCGCAGUUCUACCAUGUUGCAGAAGAGUUUCCCACUUCUUUUUGGAACAAAGAAGCAUUAAAGAGUCUUGCUGGUCACUGGCCAAGAGUAACGCUGAAUCCAUUAAGCAAUGGAGUUUGGAAGACUGUUCUUUAUGCCUUUGUGAAAGAAGUUCCAGAGAACACCCUGUACCAACCCAUCUUGCCUGCCAGGGCUUCUGCUGACAGGUGUAAUGCCCACACCAUUCAUUUUAUCACUGGGAUUAAACCUUAUUUUGUUGAUGCUCCUCCAGUUCCUCAACAUCAAGAAACAAAAAGUCUUCCAGAGAGUCGAAGAGAUAAAAAAAAUCCUCCUUUUUUCCCGCUGCCCCAAAACAGCUUUUCCCCCCACUAUCCUAUGCUCGCAUCCCGCUUGCCCUUCAUGCCCGCAUCACAUGGUCCAAAAGAAGUUUCCUUAAAACCCAAACAUAUCGUCCGACAUCUAAACAUGCCGACGGGUAAAAGUGAAGAAAUGAAUCUGAGUAACGUGGUACCACAUGAAAGAAAGGUUAAUGAGGUUGUAAUCACUGAGCAAGUGGUAAAAGAGAAGAAUAAAGAAGCAAAGACACUCAGAAGGAAAGAAAAAACAGAUUCUGCGAAAAAAUCCAAGCGCUGA